UUUGACAUAAAAAUAUCUUUGAAUACAUUUGGAUUUUGGUUUAGAGUUUCGGUAUAUUUUACGCAAGAAAUGUGUGUAGUAUUAUAAAAUACUUACAUUAGAAAGUGAUUACAUAUUAAGCACAAUGCUGAACUCACUUCGACGGGCUUGCAUGCCCAAUGUACAACUGCAACAAGUUAGGUUAGGACACAGGGUCCGAGGUAAAGCUCCUAUAUUCUGCCGAACUUUAAAGGAAAGAUUAGAUGAAUUAAAUUAUAAGGAUGAGCUUUACACCACUCGAAUUGAUAUCGGAUUUCCUCGGCCAAAGAAUUCUGCGUCAGAAUUGAGAGAUGCACGCAUAGAACGCAUGAAAAAAGUAAAAGCUGACAAAAAUUUAGAGCAACUGGCUCGCAAUCACCAACUAAAAGUAGAUUUGAGUGAAGUAAGGAAAGAUUGGCUGAACACAUCAGGUCCAAAUCAUAAGAAACAAGUGGCUGAUCAUUAUGGUAUAUUCGAACAUCUGUAUGGCGAAGGAUACUUUGUGCCAUACAAAAAUCUCGAAGUACUGUAUGAGUUGAAAGAUUGUUCUCUGCCAGUGUAUUGUGGGAAUGUUAUAAAGCCUGCAGAAGCUCUAAACCCUCCAACUGUUGCCUAUGAGUCAGACGGGAAUACUAUGUGGACAUUAGUUAUGUCGAGCCUUGAUGGUCACUUGAAUGAGAAUGAUAAGGAAUAUGUGCACUGGUUGGUUGCUAAUAUUCCUGGCAAUUUCAUUGAGAAGGGUGACAGCAUAGUAGAGUACUUGCAACCAUUUCCCUUGAAGGGCACAGGAUUCCACAGAUAUGCAUUUGUGCUGUAUAAGCAGAAUGGAAGGAUAACUUAUGACAUCCCUCAAGUGACAUCUACAUCUCCACUGGCCACACGCACAUUUGAGACCCGUGAAUGGUACCAAAAGCACCAGGACCAGAUCACCCCGGCAGGGCUUGCCUUCUACCAGACUGAUUGGGACUACACCGUCAAAGAAUUUUUCCACAAUGUACUUGAUAAGAAGGAACCAGUUUAUGAAUACGAUUUCCCGGCACCCUACAUCAAGCCCCAGACAUGGUACCCGAAGAAGGAGCCGUUCAACAUCUACAUGGACAAGUACCGUGACCCAAAGAAGAUCAACAAGGAGUACUUGCUGCGUAAACUUAAGGACGAAGAUCCCUUCCAGAAGCCGGCUCCUCCACUCAGGUACCCCAAUGCUCACCCAAUGCCGAAGGACAUGCCCUCAUGGCUCAAGUUACAUGAGAAGAAGAUUCGGCUGAAGUGGGGUAGAGUUAAUGAUGUCUAAUGUUAAGUAAAUAUAUUAAAUAAAUCGUAUUGUUAGUAUC